GCAACUCGUUGUUUUGAUUUAUUUGCAGUCUAAUUUUUGCGUGAAAAAAUUUAACAUCUGAAAAUAUUAUUAGUGCAAGGCAUUUUUAGUUAUACAUUCCAGCAAUAAUUGUGUGUUAAAUGGUGAUAUAUUCAAUAGUGAAAUUGUGCAAUGAGGAAAUUAGUGAAUAGCGUGCUAUAGUGAGGUAGAUGAGAAUAAUUUCUCCUAAAUAUUAGAACGUAACAACACCAAAAUGGGAUCCGAACAGUCCCAGCUGCAGCAGCAAGCCGGUGAAGCCGGUGGUACGGUUCGGGGUGGAAGCCUGCGGGCGCAAUCCAGCAAUGCAACUCCAACUCCGUCGCGAUCGUCGGCCGCAUCCGGAGCCAAACUGCUGCGAGGAAACACCAUUGCCGUGGCGGAGAUAUCCGCCCUCAAUUUGGGCGACUACGCUGGCCCUUCUUCGACGGGGACACCGUCGUCGGCAUAUAUCUGUGAUUCGCGACCGGUUUCGCCUCCGAUGAGCGUGUGCUCCGAUUCCGACCUGCCGUACAUAUCCUACACGGACAAGCCCAUUGGAGAUUCUCCCAAAUUGCGCAACAAGCAGCAAGCGAAAUCGGGCAAAAUCCGCCCCAGCAGUGUCAUCGUGGGCAGAAGCCAGGAAGCGAUGCGUUCUGUUGGUGGCGUCGGCGGGGGCAGUGCCAUGCUCCUCGGCCGGCAGCAGCGAUCUUUUUCGAGCACAACGUCGUCAUCUGGUGCUAGUGGUAGCGGAUCCACCGCCUCAACGACGGCCUCUUCUACCCGGGCGCACAAUAUCGUGGUGGUUAAGUCGGCCGCCGUCAAAGAGACUGGAAUCGAGAAGGAUGACGACAUCGUCCGGUUGCAGAGCGUUCCCAUGUUUCUGCCGGUGAUGCGCGGCACCCUCUCGCUGCCGGCGAAUCGUGACCCGGAGGUCUUGGAGCGGCUGCACCCGAACCACAUGAUCAACAUGUGCAGCCGGCUGCAGAGCCACUUCAACACCUGUGCCACCCAGGUUGCCUCCGAGCAGCAGCAGAUAACCAACAAAAUCAAAGAGGUGGACCAGGAGAUAUCGAGUGCGCUGGCCCAGCUGGUGCAGAAGCAGAAACUGUACACCUCCUACGCGGAGACGUUCUCCAAGGUGAGGGUGAUAUCGCAGCAACUGACCCGGUGCAAUGACAUCCUGAACCAGAACAUCGAGAGCAUGGAGUACUUGAACAAUCUGCUGGACGUGGACGACCGGUUAGAGCCGUUCGUGUGGAAAACGGAGUAGGUUUUUGGUGUGGCGUGUUCGUGGAUUGGUAGGUAUUUUGAACAGUAUAACAAAGUUCAAAUAAGAAGUGUAGUGACCGAAUGAUCUUGCAAUUUAGUUUUUUUCAAAGAAAAAAAAUCAGAAAAAAAUGUAAUCGGUUUACCUGAAUUAGUUCUAUGUUUUGCUCGGUUUACGGCUUUAUACAUGUUCUCUCUAAAUCGUAAACAACUUUAUAUGCAUCAUAGCUCCUGCACGUCAGCUCAUAGCCCCUACGUAAGUCUCAUAAAGAAUAAAGUAAUUAAAAGGAUUUUGAGUUCUAUAA